GGGAGAAAGAAUUCUGAAAUGUUCAGAGAAAUAUAUGAUAUAGACUAAUAUGCUAACUACGCCACUACAGCCUCGAACAAGCCAAGGGAGAAAUGAAACUCGGUCUUGGGCUUGUAUACCUUGUUGAUCUUGAAGCCGCCGCGUUCAAUGAGAUUUAACCACUGUGCUUCCGUCCGCUCAAGCGAGGAAAACACCUCCAUCAUCAUAAAGUCAAGCACCGUAGUGCUAGUUGCUUCGAGACCGUAGAGCUUCCGAUCCGGGUAGAGGAUUUCAUGCACCAACAACACCGAGUCCGGUUCCAUGGCAUCACGGAUGUGUCCGAGGGCUUCGAGGCACUGUUUAUCAGGCCAAUCGUGCAGCACGGUCCGCAUGUAGUAGGCCCGGGCGCCCUUGAUAGGCUGCGGUUCAAACAUGGAGUGGCUUAUGGCAUCGAUGUUGGGGCCGAGUGGUCCGGAGAGGCCAUCGAUAACGGCGGGGACGUCUUGAAGGACAAGGCGAUCCUGGAUUUCUGGAAAGUGCUUGCAAAAGGCAACCACUUCGUGGCCGAUGUUGCCUCCAAUGUCGACGACGAGCACUCGUUCGGGGUCGCGAGGCCCGCCGGUGAGCUUCUCAACGACAGGAUAGAACUCGAACCAGUUGUUUUCCCAUUCGCGACCACUAUUCAUUACAACGUUGAACGUCGCUUGCUUUUCGGGGCGCUUGCCCAGCCAUGUGAAGUAGUGCUCAGCCGUGUUGUAAGCAUACUGGAAGGGGCUGUUGUAUGUAUCUUCGGGGUUCCGGUAGUUGGUUGCUUCGAAGAACUCGUGAAGCUUGGCCGAGAUAAGCAAGUAUUCGUUGCUGUAGCACUUAGUAUGGCGAAGUAGAAGGACAAAACGAGAAAGAGCUGGCCGUACAGGAAGACCAGGUUCUCUGCCAUGUUGGUGCCUUUUCUGAGCGCCAAAGCCAGGGGAGCGGCUCUGUAGUUUCCAGGGCGGGUUUCUUCGAAAAAGUCGUGGGCCUCAAGAAGACGCAUUAUCCGGGCUAUGCCAUAUGUCAAAAGUGUUGGAUUACAGAGGCAAGAUGAACACACAAAUGAACUUUUCAUCCCCUUUCACCUUCGUAGUGAGCUCCGCGAUGGUGAGCUCGUGCAAAGGAGAAGCAGCAAAGGCCUCGUAUAUCCCCAUAUCGAGGGCGAUGCGGCUAGCCACAAGCAAAAAUUGCUUGCACACAAUUAGCUUUGCCAGCAGACAAGAGCAGCUCUCGCACCGCAUAGCCAAUUCUCAUGACCUUGUCGAGGGGCCUCUCCAGCGUAUCCCGCAGUUUGUUGACAGCGUCAAGGAGCUGCAUACGCUCGCCAUGAUCAAUACUUUCCAAUGGUGGAAGGGUGCUUAUCGCAGAGAUCACGGUAGCGGUGAGGUCGGCUACUACGGGCAUGGUUGCGACAGGCGGAAAUAAAAACGUUGAGUUCAAGUUCUUGCUUGUUAGGAAGUGCGAUAUGUGUGCACCAUAGGAGUACAGCCUGAGAUUCGUCUGUUUAUAGCUGGCGGCGCAUGGUACUUAGGGUAUACUUCUGGGACCGAAGUGACCUCAGCCCGAGCCCGUGCGACAGUAUAUCGCGCGGAUGCAGAAGUUUCAGCGAUUUAAAGAUGCAGCAUUUACAGCGAUUGCUGCCUAGUCAGAAGAAUGAGCAGGCAGAUUCGUUGAGCCAAUCAUCGGUACAGUCGGGGAUAUUGACGAUGCUGCCCUGUACCAUGAGGGUCAGAGCUCCCUGGUGCUAAUCACAACAGGGGGCCGCAACUUCACUUGAAAGAAACUCUAGACCAAAAGCCUAUAGCCCAUUGUCGGAGGGCAGCAACUAUCCGUCUGUGGCAGGAGCAACAAGAUUGCAGGGCGCGGUGAUGAUGCAGUCGAGCCGCCACCUACAUGAACGACUGGACGCAACGCAUUGCCAACUGGCAUGGAUAUCGGCAAUGCCGCACGGCUGGUUGAGCAGAUCAUGACCGGGAUACCGAUUGGACGAAUUUGCGGGGAUUUGACAAGGCUGCUUAAUUUGCCGGUCUUUCCAUAUACAAUCAUGAUACGUACUCUCAUCCCCAAGUAUAACAAAGAUUGAAGUUCCUGAGCUUUUCAUAUACUCAAACUACCUUCGUUUGGGAAUCCCUUUCGGUAUUGACUCAUGUUAGCGGAAGAGGCUGAAAGGGACUUCGACCCAGGCGUCUCGGGGAAUAUCUGCGGCCGGAUUGUCGCACAUCGAACCAGCGUAACAUCUUUUCAGUUGAAGUUGUCGGGAACCGAAACUAACAAGGAACAUCCCUUCUGUGGCCAGAUUCAGGCGGGUACAGAGGCUAGGCGGUUCUGAGAGUCGUCCAUCAGCGACGGAGAAGCAGACACGUAAGGGUACCCAGCUCCUCGGAUGAUUUCUGUCAACUGCAGGUCUUUCUCAAUCCGCUUGAUCAACCUUGCUCAUUGGAUUCAGCUUGUCCUCGAUGAAGAAUGCGUGAAUCUUGUGGUCCAUUGACGUGAGCGCACAAGCCGACGAGUCCUGGCAGUCGGACACUGUUGCAAAGAUUGAGGUAUGCAGCCCCAAAAUAAGAUACCCCUACAUUGCGCCGAUCCCUUUAGAUACUCCAGUCUCGGAAUAGCUGCAGAUCUCAUGGAGGUCGAGACGGAUGGAAUCAAUGGAUUGAUCACCCCUCCGAGUCGCUGGGGAACAUCACGUGGCAUCCAUCAUCACAGAACACAGUAGCACGUGACCAAGGACGCAAGCAAAGCAAUUUAUAGUAAGCGAAUCGUAAUAAUAAUAGGCACUGGUGCCAGCUUCGGAGCUUCUUCAGGAUACUUGACCGAGUUGAAUAUGGGUGCUCAGGCGUCAGCCUUCGAGAACGUCUAUAGAAUCCUUGGCCUUCCUUCCUGCUUAGCGGCCGACAAUAACCGUCCCUCAGUCUCUCGAGAAACUCCGGCCUUCAGUGUUUCGUACUCCUGCCUGGCGAUCUCAUAACUCCUGCUAGCCAGACAUACUAAGGGGAUACCGCGAUAGAUUCGCAAGAAUAUGCUAAUUCCAAGCAUGUGAUGUUAGCCUGUGCAACAGAGAACAACUAAACUCGACUGAUGUAACAGCUGGAGGAAUGAUUUUCCGGAGCUCAGUGCCAAGGCUCACAGCAAGCUCACCUCUCGCCCGACCAAACCAACUUUCAUCAGAGUGACUCGGAAGCUGCAACAGGAGGCGGAGGUUGCGGUUUAGCUUCAAGGUCGACUCAAAUCCACGUCUCAGAUUCAUUUCACUUCAAGGUCUGCGCUCGUUCUUUGCCUCUGAUCUCGAUCCUCAUCCCGGGGACGAUGGUCGGUCUGGAUCCGGUGUCUGCGCUGAGUUUCUGAUAAGCCGACGACGAUAGAUGAACACCAUGAGCAUCGAUUUAUCAUGAGGGACCCAACUAGAGAUAUGGAGCAACGAAACACAGCGCCGCAACAGGCCUCGAGUCUUCAGGCCGACCCGCCGCGAAGGAGCAACCAGAAGUCGGUCCGUGUUGCAUUUGGCCCCGACCUAGAAACGUAUAUUCCGCCGCGCGAAAGAUCCCCUCAUCCCAUUACCAGUCAUCACCAGCGAUCCUUAACCAAUGUCGAACACAAACAACCUCCAAACGGUCGGCCCACGAGCUCCUCUGGCGAAAACUCCGCUUCGACAACCGAGAACAGCUCUCGAUACGCAUCAGGUCAAGAAUCGGAUACCGCGCGGCCGACGGCGGCGUUGAAGAGGGCGAGGAGUGACUAUGGGCCUCGUGGAGGCAGCUUCGAAAAGCCCCUGAUCAUCGACAAUGAGGAGGAGGAAGACUUUGCGAUGCGACACGGGUGGCAAGAGGAGUACACUUCGAGCGAAUACCUCAAGGUUCUCCAUUCGAAUUUUUACAUGUACUUUACGGAGAAGCGACACGAGACGAACGGUAUCCCACGCGAUCCCGUCGGAAGCUGGCCAUCACAAGAUUGGCGCAUGAAGGACCGCUUGAAGACCGUUUCUGCCGCGCUAGCCAUAUGCUUGAAUAUCGGUGUCGAUCCUCCGGACGUUGUCAAAACGAAUCCCACCGCGAAACUCGAGUGCUGGGUUGACCCCACAUCUACUACCGGAGGCGGCCACAACAAGUUAAUGGAGCAGAUCGGGAAGAAAUUGCAGGAACAAUACGAGACCCUCAGUUUGAGAACACGGUACAAGCAGUAUCUUGAUCCGUCGGUGGACGAGACCAAGAAGUUCUGCGUGUCGCUUCGCCGCAAUGCCAAAGACGAGCGAGUGCUGUUCCAUUAUAACGGUCACGGAGUUCCUUUGCCCACGCAGUCUGGCGAGAUUUGGGUGUUCAACAAGAAUUAUACGCAGUAUAUCCCAGUGUCGUUGUAUGACCUGCAGCAAUGGCUGGCCGGGCCUAGUCUUUUCGUUUUUGACGUGUCUCACGCUGGAAAUAUUGUUCACAACUUCCACACAUUUGUAGAGAAGCACGAGAAGGAGAACUUGGAUCAGAAGAAGCUCGACCCCAACGCCAUUGUCCAAAGCUACGGGGACUGCAUCAUUCUCGCAGCGUGCCAAAAGAACGAAUCGCUUCCGACGAAUCCGGAUCUUCCGGCAGAUCUGUUUACAUCUUGCCUGACAACACCGAUUGAAAUCGCAUUGCGAUUCUUUGUCCUUCAAAACCCCCUUCAAAUGCCUACCGCCGGCGACGGAUCUGGAGUACCCGGCCGUUUGCAGGACCGCAGGAGCCCACUUGGAGAGCUGAAUUGGAUAUUUACCGCGAUUACAGAUACGAUAGCCUGGAAGACUUUGCCGCGGGCUCUCUUCAAGAAACUCUUUCGCCAAGAUCUCAUGGUUGCUGCUCUGUUCCGGAACUUUUUGUUGAGCGAACGCAUCAUGCGCACAUAUAAAUGCACACCAAUCUCAUCACCAGAACUCCCCGAAACGCAUAACCACCCGCUCUGGAAGAGCUGGGAUUUGGCGGUAGAGAUGGUUCUUGCGCAACUUCCCGCUCUCAUCGAUCACGAGGAAGGCCGAAGGCAAUACGAGUACCAACAUUCUACUUUCUUCGCAGAGCAACUCACUGCGUUUGAAGUGUACCUGUCCUCUGGGCCGACGGAAAAGAACCCGCCGGACCAGCUUCCGAUUGUUCUGCAGGUCCUUCUGAGUCAGGCUCACAGGUUAAGAGCUUUGAUUCUGCUCAGUAAGUUUCUCGAUCUCGGUCCAUGGGCUGUACACCUGGCUUUGAGCAUUGGUAUAUUCCCGUAUGUCGUCAAGCUUCUUCAGUCAGCUGCUCAAGAGUUGAAACCUGUCAUGGUCUUUAUCUGGGCGCGUAUCAUGGCCGUCGAUCAUACAGUCCAAAAUGACUUGUUGAAAGACAACGGGAUCCAUUACUUCAUCUCAAUUCUCAAUCCCUCCUCGCCAAUCCCAGUGGGCAACGCUAGCGAACACCGAGCUAUGUGUGCCUUUAUCGUCUCAAUCUUCUGCAAAAACUACCCCCAGGGCCAAAACGUGUGCCUGUCAUCUGAGCUUUUCGAGUCAUGCUUGAUGCAUCUGAUGGAUGUCGAGAACCCUCUGCUGCGGCAGUGGUCUUGCCUCUGCAUCAGUAUGCUGUGGUCCGACUUCCCUGAAGCCAAGUGGAUGGGCAUUCGAUGUGCCGCACCGGCGAGACUAUGCGAACUCAACUUUGACCCUGUACCGGAAGUAAGGGCCGCAAUGCUACACGCUCUAACAACUUUCCUCGGUAUCCCAGAUUUGACGGAUCAGGUGGCACAAAUCGAAGAGAGCCUGGCCCUCGCUGUCCUGCCCAUGUCGGCGGACGGAAGCGUCGUAGUCAGGAAAGAGCUAUUGGUGUUCCUCUCGACUUUCGUCAAACGAUAUCAGAACAAGUUCCUGGUUGCUGCCUACGAAGAACUCCAGGAAGAGAAGCAAAACCUUUACCGCAAAUUGAGCCAAGAUGGUCCUCGCGCGCUGUUACCCGAUGAGACGAGUGCGCCGGAUGCUUCAAAUGACAAGACGCAGCCCAUGUCUCGGGACACCACUUUCGGAACCAUCUGGAAGCAACUUUUGAUCCUUUCUGUUGACCCUCACCCUGACAUCGCCCAAGACGCAGGCAUGAUUGUUGAUUUCAUGCAUUAUACCUUAUUACAGUCCCCGAUGGCUACGCUAACUGAGCGAAUUCGAAAGGAAAUUAUGGAUCUCUCAAGCAGAGUAGAGCUACAGUCACAGGUUCGAGAAAAGCCGAAUCCGAAAAAGGCCGCCCCACCCCCUACUCCCCCUACAGCGCCGCCAAAACAAGAGGGUUAUCUCUCGUUGAGCCUGCGGCGGACUGCUAGUGUCGCAGCCUCACUGAAGAAUCUCGCGUUUGGCGGCGCACAGGGCGAAUCGCAACCAUCCCAGUCCCCUACAUCCCCGAAGAGCAGUCGUGUUCCCGCCACCCCACGCGGCCGCGCUCCACCCGAAUGGUCCCGUCCCCCGGAAGUCAACGAUCAACUUGCGCCUGCGACGACUUACCAGCAGGCCCCGGUCCCCACAUCCCGAGGGUUUGGUCCCAGAGACCCGUCGGUGGUCCCAAACAUCCCCCUGAUGAGCAGAUUCCUAGAUUGGUCCACAGAGUAUUUCCGGGAGCCCCAGAUGAAACCCAAUGAGCCCGACGAGCCCGGCAGUGCGGAUUACAACGAGCGUCUUUGGAGGCGCAGCCGCAAUGAGAAGAUCAUCUCGGAGACCCAGCCAUUGAAAGGAAGGGCGGGGAGCAGCCGCUGGGAUAACUCGGCUGCAUUUCUUUCCAACGGCAGUCAGCCGCUGAAGAUGUGCUUUCAUCAAUUUGAAGAUCAUAUCGCCGUUGCCGAUGAUGGGGAUACCAUCGCGUAUGUUUAGUGACUAUUGCGCAGGAUUGCGCUGACUCUUUAUUAGGAUCUGGGACUGGCAGAGGCAGAAGCGCCUUAACCGUUUCUCCAACCGGAAUCCCGCUGGAUCGAAGAUCAACGAAGUUCGCUACAUCAACGAGGAUGACCAGGCACUUCUGAUGACCGGAUCGUCGGAUGGCGUUCUCAAGGUGUUUCGCAACUACGAAUCCUCGAAAGAUGUUGAAAUUGUCACUGCUUUCCGAGCACUGCCUGAACUAAUCCCGAGCAACCGGAAUGCCGGCCUUGUUAUGGACUGGCAACAGGGUCAGGGUAAGGCUCUCGUUGCAGGAGACGUCAAGGUGAUUCGAGUGUGGAAUGCAGCUACCGAAGUUUGCACCAAUGUAAGUCACUCGACCAGAGUGGUAGACUUUACUGACUUUGUUAGGACAUUCCUGCACGGUCAGGCUCAUGUAUCACUUCCUUGACGUCGGACCAAGUCGCAGGCAACAUCUUUGUGGCUGGAUUCGGCGACGGCGCCGUCCGAGUUUUCGACCAGCGCAUGAAGCCUACAGCGGCAAUGGUCAAAGUGUGGCGCGACCAUAAGCAGUGGAUCACCAACGUGCACAUGCAACGAGGCGGCUUGCGAGAGUUGGUCUCUGGCAGUCGAAACGGCGAAGUCAGACUGUGGGAUCUGCGAAUGGACGUCCCAUUCUCGAAGAUCACGGCCACCACAAACACUCUGCGCACCCUAAGCGUCCACGAGCACGCGCCUGUCUUCACAGUGUAUGUUUUCCACUAAGACUUUUGUUGACCUUGCUAAUCGCGUAUAGGGGCACCAACCGCCACGAAGUCAAGACAUAUAAUGUCGACGGCAGCUAUCUCUCCACCUUUGAGCCCUACUCCAGCUUCCUACAUCACAACCGCUCCUCCCCGAUCGCCAGCACCGCCUUCCAUCCGCACCGCACCCUCUUCGCCUGCGCGGCACUUAACGACCACCACAUCAACCUUGUGCACUGCUAGACGUACGACGUAAUGGCGUAGACUGAUAUACGCUUUUUCAGUUUCCUCCUAGUAUCCUUUUUUCUACCUACUUACAUCACGGACAUGGCGCAUUGUCUUCGGGUGGAUAUCUGCUUAUAUCUUUUUGUCUCUUGUCCUCUUCUCCCUAUUAUCUCCCUGACUAGUUCAGCACAGACCGGUAUUUACCUAUCUACCUACCUACAUACCUAUGGUAUCCUUUUCUAUCUUACUUUCUAAUGACGGACCCUACUGACCACCGACACAUGUCAUUUUCUGGCGUUUGACGGAGACGGACGAUGAUCUGGGGAUUUAGCACUAUGCAGGUCCGGUGCUGGUAUCCGAUGACAUGUCACUUAUCGAAUGGAGCUAUAUGCGUUUUUCCUCUUUUGUGUCCUCUUUUGUUUCUCUCAUUCGGAUGCUGACGCUUACGGCCUCGUUAUGUAUGUUUGCGGCUACUUGUUAAUAGGUAUAAAUUGGCUGGCUGGUAAGACGGUAAUAAUUCAUGGUGAUUUAAUCUUUGAGGUAUAUCUUUUACUCUUGAUGUAUAUCCUUGGGGUCAAUUGAUAGUGGC